UUGUAUUUAGUCUCCGAUCGUUCUCGCUAGAACUCACAUCAUGACCGUAGAGGAGCCGCAGAUUGUGGCUAUUAGUGUCAGCCACAAACAACAAGUGGGUUACCUAAAAGAGGAGUCCACCUGGAUACAUUGUCCUUCGUGCGAAAAGUCUGGAUCGAGUGUGGUACAAUUGGAGGUGGUUACUUGCCUGCAGAGAUUCCUGCGGUUCACAAAACUUUGUAAAAAGUGGCAGGGCCGCCAGGAUAUUAACCACUAUUGUUCACACUGCGGCUGCUUUAUUGGAAGAUUUGUGCCCAUCAGCUGCAUGGAACGGUGUUUGUCAAGAUCAGCUCGUAAGCAGGCCGCCGUGGAUGAUAUGACCCUAAAAACACGUCCCAAGGAUUGCGCUGAAAAGGCUCAGAAAUCCAGGGAGAAAGUCCUGGCCAACAGAGAAAAGAAAAGGGCAGAGAAAGCUGCUAAGGAACUGGACAAAUCUCAAACCCAAAUAGCAGUUCACCAAUAGUUAAUUGGUUUCUGUAUUCACUGCACUCAAGCU